CUCGCCUCUGCAAAUCCCCCAAAAAUGGGAAAGCAAAAGCAGCAAGUCAUCUCCCGCUUCUUCGCCCCCAAACCCAAACCUCCCUCCCCUUCUUCUUCUUCUUCCUCCCCACCACCACCAACCCCACCGCCCAAAAUCACCGCCACCGCCACCUUCUCCCCCUCCAAACGCCUCCUCUCCUCCCACCUCUCCUCCUCCCCCAAACGCCCCAGGCUCUCCCCCCACACCCACAACCCUAUUCCCAAUACCAAUCCCUCCCUCCACCAGAAAUUCCUCCAGAAGCUCCUAGAACCCUCCACCACCACCACCCAACCUCCUCCUCCGUCAAACCCUAAGUUGACUCCCUUAGAACUCCAGGUCGUGGACCUGAAAAAGAACCACCCCGAUGUUCUUCUGAUGGUGGAGGUCGGUUACAAGUACCGGUUUUUCGGGGAAGACGCGGAAAUCGCGGCGAGAAUAUUGGGGAUUUAUGCCCACAUGGAUCAUAACUUCCUAACGGCCAGUGUCCCCACUUUCCGGCUCAAUGUCCACGUCAGGAGGCUGGUGAGCGCUGGCUAUAAGGUUGGGGUGGUGAAGCAGACCGAGACGGCGGCGAUCAAGGCCCACGGGGCGAAUAAGGGCGGCCCGUUUGGGAGGGGACUGUCGGCAUUGUACACCAAGUCGACGCUGGAGGCGGCGGAGGGUCUGGGGGGAGGGGAGGAGGGGUGUGGUGGGGAGAGUAGCUAUUUGAGUUGCGUGGUGGACAAGAGUGAAGAUGUGGAGGGUGGUGGAGUUAGGAUUGGGGUUGUUGCGGUGGAGAUUUCGACCGGGGAUGUUGUGUAUGGAGAGUUUGGUGAUGAUUUUAUGAGGAGUGGACUUGAGGCUUUUGUGCUGAGCUUGUCUCCUGCUGAGUUGCUUAUUGGGGAUCCGAUUUCGGAGCAAACUGAGAAGUUGUUAGUGGCUUUUGCUGGACCUGCUUCGAAUGUCCGCGUGGAGCGUGUUUCGCGAGAAUGCUUCAAAGAGGGUGGUGCUUUGGCUGAGGUUAUGUCUUUGUAUGAAAAGAUGGAUGAUGAUAAGUUAGGGGAUCAAACUAAGAUCAGUUCAGAGGUUUUAGAAAAGGGUGAUCAUCGUCUGGGAAUUGUGGGAAUUAUGGACAUGCCAAAUUUAGCAGUUCAAGCACUGGCCUUAACCAUCUGUCAUCUGAAACAAUUUGGGUUGGAAAGGAUCCUUCACUUAGGAGCUUCUUUCAGGCCAUUCUCGAGCAACGUGGAAAUGAUUCUCUCAGCCAAUGCACUUCAACAAUUGGAGGUGCUGAAGAACAACAGUGAUGGAUCCGAAUCUGGCUCCUUACUGCAGUGUAUGAAUCACACUCUUACCAUUUAUGGUUCAAGACUUCUUAGACACUGGGUAACACACCCUUUAUGUGAUAGAAACAUGAUUUCUGCUCGUCUUGAUGCUGUAUCUGAGAUUGCAGAAUCCAUGGGGUCUUCUAAAGCUUGUCAGAUUAUUGAAGGGGAAGGUGCAGAAGAUUCUCAUGUAACAAUUGUGAGACCAGAUUUCAACUAUAUACUUUCUUCAGUUCUUACAACUCUGGGAAGGUCACCCGAUAUUCAGCGUGGGAUAACCAGAAUCUUCCAUCACACUGCCACCCCAUCCGAGUUCAUUGCAGUUAUUCAAGCUAUUUUAUAUGCCGGAAAACAACUUCAGCAGCUUCAAAUUGAAGAAGAGGGAAGUGAAAAAACUUUGGUUGGAAAGGCAGUAUGCUCUGAGCUGUUGAGGAAGUUGAUAUUGACUGCGUCGUCGUCCAGUGUAAUUAAAAAUGCUGCAAAACUUUUGUCUACACUUAAUAAAGAAGCAGCUGACCAACAGGAUUUACAGAACCUAAUCACAGUUUCUGAUGGCCAAUUUCCUGAGGUUGCCAACGCAAGAAAAGAGGUUGAAUUGACAAACGAGAAAUUGAAUUCUCUCAUAGGUUUAUACCGCAAACAGCUUGGAAUGCGCAAGUUGGAAUUCAUGAGUGUCUCAGGAACAACACACUUGAUAGAGUUAGCUGUGGAUGUAAAGGUACCUUCAAAUUGGAUUAAGAUUAAUAGCACCAAGAAAACAAUCCGGUAUCACCCACCUGAUGUCUUGACUGCUUUAGAUAAUCUAGCCCUUGCAAAAGAGGAACUCACCAUUGCCUGUCGUGCUGCGUGGGAUAGCUUUCUAAGUGGAUUCAGUGUAUAUUAUUCUGAGUUUCAAGCUGCUAUUCAGGCACUAGCCAGUUUAGAUUGUCUACAUUCACUUGCUGUGCUUUCAAGAAAUAAGAACUAUGUUCGUCCAGUGUUCGUAUAUGAUGAUGAACCUGUCCAGAUACAGAUCUCUUCUGGACGUCACCCGGUUUUAGAGACAACAUUACAGGACGACUUUGUUCCAAAUGACACAGAUUUACAUGCUAAUAGAGAGUACUGUCAGAUUAUUACUGGGCCCAACAUGGGCGGAAAGAGCUGUUACAUUCGUCAAGUUGCUCUCAUUACUAUUAUGGCGCAGGUUGGUUCGUUUGUACCAGCAUCAUUGACAAAACUGCAUGUGUUGGAUGGCAUCUACACUCGAAUGGGUGCUUCUGACAGUAUCCAACAAGGGAGAAGCACCUUUCUUGAAGAACUAAGCGAGGCAUCACACAUACUCCACAAUUGCACAUCACGCUCACUGGUUAUCAUCGAUGAGCUUGGGAGAGGCACCAGUACACAUGAUGGUGUGGCAAUUGCUUACGCUACAUUACAUCAUUUGCUUCAGCAGAAAAGAUGCAUGGUCCUCUUUGUCACACAUUAUCCAAAAAUCGCUUCUAUCAGAACUGAAUUCCCAGGCUCAGUAGGGGCUUACCAUGUUUCUUACCUGACUUCCGAACGAGAUAGAUGUACAUUGGAGGGGACAUCAGAAAAUGAAAAUGUCACGUACUUAUAUAAACUUGUGCCUGGCGUUUCAGAGAGAAGUUUUGGUUUCAAGGUUGCAGAGCUUGCUCAGCUACCUUCCUCUUGCAUCAGACGGGCCACUAUCAUGGCUGAUAGGUUGGAGGCAGUAGUAAGCAGUCGAGAAAGAAGUAGAUACAGCAACAAGUAUCUGCCACAACCACAGACAACAGAUCAUAAAGAAGAAAUGCAGUUGGAAAUGCAGGGAUCUCCUGACAAUGCUUGUGCCGGAGAGAAUCAAUUGAAGGUGGACAUAGAUACCGGUGGUUACCAAGAAUUCGUUCUGAAUCUGAAAACUGCAAUAUCUAGUGAUGACCUUACAGAAAGCAUUCAGCAUUUGAACCAUGCAAGAAGCAUUGCACAAGAAUUAGUAAGCAGGCAAAAGUAAUUAUUCCAAACACACCACCAUGGAGGCUGAGGUAGAGCGAUGAAUCUCAUCAGUUUUGUAUCUCUACUAGUUUCCAAUCUCCAUCGCCAUCUUUUGCGAAUUAUGAAUUAACCAAACACUAUGGUUUUAGGAAGCAAUCUUGAUCUCUAUCAUCGUUUUUACCGAAAUGGUUUCCGAUUAACUUUA